AUGGGUCAAUCUUGUUUCUUCAAAGUUGUUCUUGUUUCCUCUCUUUUACUACUAAUCUUCUUCUCCACUGCCAUGGGAAGAAACUUGCGAACUGCAAAGUUUUCAGGAGUUUAUAGAACUGUUGUGUUAUUUCCUUCCAAGGGAGACAAUAUUGUGAGGAAGACUAUGGAGCUAAUGGAUUACGACCCGACGGGGUCAAACACCAAUUGGAGUGGUUUCGUCGCUUCUCCUCCUCCAGAAUCUCCACUUCCAUAA